AUGGAGGACCCGGCGGGGAACGUGUCCUCGCACACGCACUUCGUCCUGAAUGGCUUCGCCGAGCUGGGCGCCCUGCGGCCCGUCCUCUUCCUGCCGUUCUCCGCCCUGCUGCUGCUGGCGCUGGCGGCCAACUCGCUGCUGCUGUUCGUGGUGGUCUCCCAGAGGAGCCUCCACUCGCCCAUGCACGUGCUCAUGGCCGGCAUGGCGUGCGUGGACCUGUGCGUCCCACUCUUCUUCGUCCCCCACAUGCUGCUGAGCUUCCUGCUGGAUUGGCGGGGGAUCUCUCUGAUUGGCUGCCUGCUGCAGAUGCACCUCAUCCACUUCGUGGGCUCGUUUCAGUGCACAUUGCUGGUCUGGAUGGCGCUGGACCGCUACUUCGCCAUCUGCACGCCGCUCUACUACCACCAGCGCAUGGCGCUGCCCCGCUUCCUGAAGUUCAUGGUUCCGCUGGUGGCGAGGAACUUCCUGCUGAUCACGGCGUUCGUGGUCCUGGCGGGACGGCUGUCGUUCUGCUCCCGGGUGAUGACGCACUGCUUCUGCGAGCACAUGGCGCUGGUGGAGCUGGCCUGCGGGAACACCGCCCUCAACAGCCUGGCGGGCCUGCUGGCGCUCAUCCUCAUCCCCGUGGUGGACUUCGUCUUCAUCGUGGCCUCCUACGUGGUCAUCUUCAUCUCCGUGCUGAGCUCGGGGACGUCCAGCUCCAAAGCGCUGCGAACCUGCGUCACCCACAUCGUGGUGAUGGUGGUCAGUCUGGCGGUCACGCUCAUCGCCCUGCUGUCCUACCGGGUGAGGAGCAGCCUGCCGGCCGCCAGCCUGGUCUUCUUCAGCACCAUGUACCUGCUGGUCCCCAGCUGCUUCAACCCCAUCAUCUACGGCAUCCGGACCGCCGAGAUCCGGCAGCACAUCGUCAGGACGCUGAGUCGCGGCCGACCGGUCGACCCGAUGUAG